AUGGGGUCCAACUGUGCUACUAUUCUCAUCCUCCACCAGUUGUGGUCUCCCUCCACCACUACCGGCAAGCUCGAGCAAGUCCACACCUACCUCCUCAUUGGUGACCCUCCACUACACUUCUCCCUCUUCCUCUACAACUCCUUGCUCUUGGCCUACACCUCCUCACUAGGGCCCUCAGAUGGCUUCUCCCUCUUCGCCACUAAGAGGGCUCACUUUCACUGUCUCAAUAGCUCCACCAUACAAUUCAUCCUCAAGGCUGUUGUCAAAGGGAGGUCUUUAGUGUAGGCUUAGCUCCAGCUCCAACAUGACUCAUUGUGUCUAGCCAUCUCUGAUGAACUCUCCAAUGAAGACAAAGUUGGGUUUAGUUUAAUCACAACCAUACAUCGCUUGGAGUUAUAACAGUAGAUAAGCAAUUACAUGAGAUGCACUACCAACUUAUCCAGCGGUGAUUACUCUCACUCUCUCUCACCUUCUUAUUGGCUCACUAUAUAAGAGCUUCUUAUGUGUUCGAUGUUUUCAGACUCUUUGUACAUUCAUAGUUUAUUCAUUCUGUGCAUUCAUUGCAUUCUUCUUUGAUUCUUAUUUUUCCUUCCAAUUUUCAGAAGUUUUUAGAGUGACUUCUGGGUUUAUGAAACCAACAAGUGGUAUUAGAGCUUAGUAGUUCAUAGGAUCAAGGGGAUGACAAAGAAAGGAGACAAGGCUAGCACUUCUAGCAAGCAUGGGGUGGAGAUGGUGUUAUCAGUGCCAUCUCUCAUGUUCUCAAAGACUAACUACCGCAUUUGGACAGUGCAAAUGGAAGUCUUCUUGGAUUCUCAUGAAUUGUCACAAGCAAUUGUUAGUGAGAAUGUUUCAAAGAAGAAAGAUUGAUUGGCUCUCUCAAUGAUCUUUGGUGCUAUUCUAGAGGAGACGAUGACAAUUCUUGAUGCAAAGAAGAUGGUGAAGGAGAAUUGGAAGAUUCUUUGGUCACAAAAUCUUGUCGUAGAUAGAGUGAUCUAAUCACAAAUCCAAGGCCUAAAGUGUGAGUAUAAAAUUCUCACAAUGUAUAAAGAAGAAUCAAUCAUGGAUUUUGUGAUGAAAUUCACACGAAUCAUCUUGGAUUUACAAAAUUUGAGAGAGACGAUGAAAGAAAAGGAGAUAGUAUGGUGACUUCUAUGGGAGACACCCUCAAAAUUUGACACACUUACCUUGUCCUUGGAGCAAUAUGGCGAUUUGGACAAAAUCAGCCUCGACGAAGUGAUUGUCUCUAUGCGUUUAUGAGUUGUGGUUUAAAGAGCGAGAGGCAUGAGAAGAGGAGCAAGCUUUGCUAGCUCGAGCACUAAGUAGAGGAAAAUUCUUAAGUGAGGAGGAGUCAUCAUCUUGUAGAAGAGGCAGACAUCUCAGCUGCGAUAGAGGCAAUGGUAGAAGCCGUGAUAGAGGUUGACAUCUGUCACAUGAAAAGAAAAAGAAUCAAUUCAACAAAUAAAAAGUUCAAUACUACAAUUGUGAGAAGUAUCAUCAUUUCACUUAUGAAUGUCGAAGUGCAAAGAAGGAGAAGCCCGAUCAAGCAUAUGUGACUGAGUCUUUUGACAAGUCAAAAGUUUCUUCACUACUGAUGGUAAUUGUAGAAGAACAUAAUGAUGUCAUGCUUCAAAACUUAGAGAUUGAUCUCACAGACCAAGAUAUGUAGUAUCUUGAUACUGGCACUAUUAAUCAUAUGUCCAAGAGACAAAGUUAAUUUUCUGAUUUGGAUGAGAUAACUUCUAGAGUUGUCAAAUUCAAAAAUAAUUCUCAAAUACAAAUUGAAGUAGAGGGAUUGUCCAUAUUCAUCGACAGAUGGAGAGACACUUAAACUCAAUAAUAUUAUCUUUGUUCUAAAAUUAUGUGUCAACAUUCUUAGUCUGUGCAGACUUGACAAUGAGGAAGACUAUCAAAUGGUCAUGUAUGGAGGUUUUUUGACCAUCUUUGACCAAAAAGGAGAACUAUUAAUUAAAGUCUAUAGAACGAAGUAGAGGCCUUAUUCAAGCCCAAUGUGAUAAACCACUGUCUGAUCACAAAAGGAGAUGAAAAUUCAAGUUAGUUGUGGUAUUUUUGAUUUUGUCACUUAAAUUUUCACUUACUGAAGGAGAUGUCGUACAAGCACUUAGUGGAGGAACUUUUGAUUGAUUAAGAUACCUGAUCACAUCUGCCAAAAUUGUCUUGUGGGCAAGCAACAUCAAACUUCCUUCCCCUAAAGCUUUUGAAUUCAAAGCCUUAACCCCUCAAGCUUGUUUAUAUAGACACAUGUGGCUUAAUUACCCCACCCACAUUAGGGGGAAGUAAGUAUUUUCUACUUAUUGUUGAUGACUUCAUAAGACUAAUGUGAGUGGCUAUGCUCAAACAAAAAUAUGAAGUCUUCGAUGAAUUCAAGAGGUUCAAGACAUUGGCUGAGGUAAAGAAAAAUACAAAGCUCAAGUGUCUUCGAUCAAGCAGAGGAGGAGAGUUUGUUUUUGACAAAUUGAAUAGUUUUUGUGUUUCACAAGAUAUUAAAUGGCAAUUGACUGCCCCCUACUUACCUCAGCAUAACGAAAUUGUGGAGAGAAAGAACAAGAUAAUUAUUUCUCUAGUUAGAAGCAUGCUAAAAGAGAAAAAAAUACUCUAAGAAUUGUGGGGAGAGGUUGUAAACACAUCGGUAUAUCUCUUAAAUUGGUCUUCCAUUAAUAGUUUGUAGGGGUUGACUCUAUGUGAGAAGUGGACGGAGAGAAAAUCUUAUAUUGGCCAUUUAUGUGUCUUUGGUUCAAUUGUGCAUGUGAAAUGCACUAGAGGACCACUAAAGAAGUUGGAAGAUCAAAGUCAACCUAUGGUCUUCAUCGAGUACCAAGUUAGCUCAAAGGCUUAUCGUUGUUUAGACCCAAUUAACGGCACAAUUCAUAUUAGCUGCGAUGCUAUUUUUGAAGAAAAUGACAAGUGAAAUUAGGAAAAAAUAUGUGAAAAGAGGCUUGAACUUACGUUUUUUCUUAAUCUUCCUCAUGAAUAGAGUAUGGAGGAGCCAUUUGACUCUAAAGAUGAAGACAAAAUAGAGCAAUUUGAGACUCAAGGUGAAACACCGGUCACUCACAUUGAGUCUGAAGAAAGUGAGCCAUUAAAGUUCAAAUCUAUUGAUCAAAUCUACACCAAAAUAAGUUCAAUGUCAACUAUGGAUGAAAAUUGCAUGCUCUCACUUGAAGAACCAACCAUUUACACAGAAACAACUUGAGAUGACUCAUAAAGAAGAGCUAUGAGAGAUGAAAUGGAGGCAAUUGACAGUAGUGAAACUUGGGAGCUUCUAGCUCCACCUAAUUGCAAGCCAAUUUGACUUAAAUGGAUAUUUAAGCUCAAGAAGAUGGCACAAGGAGCUAUUGUAAGGCACAAAGCCUGACUAGUUGUGAAGGGCUACUCAUAGAGACAGGGGAUAGACUAUGAUGAAGUCUUUGCUCCUGUAGUGAGAUUUGUCUAUAUGUGUCCCCAUUGCAAUUGCUGCUCAAAGAGGUUAGACUUAUCUCAAUGUUAAGUCUGCCUUCUUAAAUGGAGAUGUAGAGGAGGAGCUCCAUGUGAAGCAACCUGAAGGUUUUAUUGUGAAGGGCAGAAAGUAAUUUGUGAUGAAGUUAAAGAAGGCUCUUUAUGGGCUCAGGUAGCCCCCUUGUGCUUGGUACUUCAAGUGAGUGACACUUGAUUGUGGGAGUAUAUGUGGAUGACUUGAUUGUCACUGAAUUCCUAUUACGGAAGUGAUCUUCGAUCAAUGAGUUCCUAUUUAGGAAUUGAAAUUAGUCAAGGCACUAACUACAUCUGCCUCAGCCAAAGUGGGUAUGCACACCGAAUUCUUGAGCUCAGAGGACUUCUAACUUGCAAUCCCUCUUAGACACUUCUUGAAGUUUGAGUCAAAUUCAGCAAGCAAGGAAAUAGCACUUGUGCAGAUCCCACCAAAUUCUAGAGCAUCAUCAGGAGUUUUCAGUAUUUGACUCACACACAAAUCGAAUUUAAUGUUCUCAGUGGGCUUGUUGAGCAGAUUCAUAGAGAAUCUCGCCUCGGAACAUCUCAUGGCUUCUAAGAGGAUUCUCAAAUACAUCAAGGGAACAAUUGACUAUGGCCUAAUCUACGUGAAGGAUCAAAUGAAGGAUUCAUUCAUUGGCUAUAGCGACAAUGACUUUGCUGGUGAUGUUGAUGAUCGAAGAUGUACUUCAGGGCAAGUUUUCCUCUUGGGAACAUCCAUCAUCAAUUAGGCCUCAUAGAAGCAGAAGGUAGUGGCUUUGUCCUCGUGUGAAGCCAAGUACAUAGCUGCCACAUCAGCCGCAUGUCAAGGUAUUUGGUUGAAUCAGCUCAUCGGUGAGUUAAGAAGAACUGAAGAGAGGCCUAUGAAAUUGUUUGUAGACAAUAAGUCUGCAAUCACUAUGAGCAAGAAUCAAGUGCACCACAGUGGAAUAUGUGUGGAGGAGAAGAAGGUUGAAGUGGAAUAUGUACGAACAGAAGAUUAGAUGGUCAAUAUCUUGACCAAAUCGUUGGGAAGACUGAAGCUUCUAGAGAUGCGACAACGGUUAGGUGUUCAGAGCAUUUGCACGGAGGAGCAAGAGCAAGGAGGAGAUUGAAGGCUUAGCUCUAACUCCGCCGUCACUCGUCGUGGCUUGCCAUCUCUGGCGAGCUCUCUGAUGAAGACAAAUUUGGGUGUAGUUUAAUCACAGCAGCACAUCGCUUGGAGUUAUAACGGCGGAUAAGCGGCCACCUCAUGUGUUCGAUGUUUUCAAACUCUUUGCACAUUCACGGUUUAUUCAUUCUGUGCAUUCUUGGUAUUCUUCUUUGUUCUUGUUUUUCCUUCCAAUUUUCAAAAGUUCUUGGAGUUGCUUCUGAGUUUACGAAACCAACAUCUGGUUCAGGCCUCUCAGCUCCACGGUCUCUCCUUCAAGCUCUGUCUCCUUUCUUCCAGCACGCCCCUUCGGAACGGGCUCCUCAGCUGCUACUUCCUCUGCGGGACGAAAGAAGACGCACGCCAACUGUUCGACCAAAUGAUCCAAAGGGAUAGUAUCUCCUUCAACACUAUGAUUCAGGGGUACGCUACAUCGGGAGACAUGGAGAAGGCGGGGGGGAUCUUCGCGGUGGCUCCUGAUCGGAAUCCGGCGAGCUGGACGGCGAUGCUCACCGGGUUCUCCGCCGCCGGCGAUAUCUCGACGGUUAGGAAGUUGUUCGAUGAGAUGCCCCAUAAGGAUCUGAUUGCGUGGAACGCCAUGAUAUCGGGCUACGUGCAGAACCACCUUCCCCUCGAGGCAAUGAAGUUGUUCGUCCAGUUGCAGGCUGCCGGAGGGCCGGCGACGAACAGGAUCCUCUCCUCGGGACGGCGCUCGUCUACAUGUACUUCAAGUGCGGCAUGGCGGAGUGGGCUAUGUAGGUCUUCGAGAGCCUAAGGGAGAAGAACUGCUGCACCUGGAACGCCACCAUCAACGGGCUCGCCAUGAACGGCAUGGCCGAGCAGGCGCUGGAGCUCUUCCGGCGGAUGCUGCUCCAGAGGGGCCUCUCCCCCGACGAGGUCACCUUCGUCGGCGUGCUCUGCGCCUGCGGCCAUGGCGGCUUCCUGGAGGAAGGCAUGCGGCAUUUCUUCGUCACCAUGGAGGAGCUUCGGGUGCGGCAUUUGGUUGAGCACUACGCCUGCAUGGUGGAUCUUCUCGCACGGAGAGGUCUGCUGGGGGAAGCGGAGGAGCUGAUCAGGGGGAUGCUCAUGGCGCCGGAUGAUGUGGUGUGGAGGGCGCUGCUGGGAGGUUGCAGGAUCCACAGGAAGGUGGCGGUGGCGGAAAGGGCGGCGCUCGGCGGUGACGACUGCGUCCUCCUCGCGAACCUGUACACCGCCGUGGGGCAGUGGCGGGAGGCGGAGAGCGUGUGGCGGGCCAUGGCAGAGAUGGGGGUCAGGAAGGCCCCCGGUUUCAGCUCCGUCGAGGCCGGCGGCGCCGUGUUCCUCUCCGGCGAGCUGCCGGCGCUGCCGAGUCGUCGCUGCUUCUGCUCUUACCAGAGUGGCGAAUAAGGGGAUGAAAUUGGAUAUAUUUUGUUAG